AUGCCGUCUGUCUUGAUCGCUGGUGGAGGUCUUGUAGGAUCUGUGAAUGCGUGCUUGUUCGGUAGAGAAGGAUGGAGAGUGACGGUCUUCGAAUCCCGCUCUGAUCCACGUGGCAAUGCUCUGCAAAGGGGGAGGAGCUUCAACUUGGCGUUGGGGUUCAGAGCUAUGGAGACUUUGAAACAUAUUGGUAUCUUAGAAGACGUUAUCAAAAUGGGAGUUCCAAUUAAACAAAAGAUAAACCACCUGGAAGAUGAAGAAGGUGUUUUAGAAAAGUUGCUUUUACUAAAAGAAGGAGAUUUCAUUCUUACUAUCAAUCGCCAGAAACUCAGCAAACUACUUAUAAAAAAGGCAGAGAGUUACAGUAAUGUGAAAUUCAGAUUUGGUCAUAAAGCCACAAAAUAUGAUGUGGAAUGUGAAAAACUUUUAGUAGAGUCUCCAGAUGGUUCUCAGAUUACUGUAGAGGGUGAUCUGAUCUUGGUAUGUGAUGGAGCACACUCAACGAUUAGGAGAAGUUUAUUGAGAACUCCCCAAUUCAAUUUCAGUCAAAAGUAUUGUGAUAUUGGAUAUAUGGACUUGAGUGUUCCAAUUGAGAAUGUCUCUGAAUUAAAACUAGGAAUUCAUUACUCAUGGAGAAGAAAAGGUGUUAUUCUCGUUGCAUUGGUGAAUCGAGACCGAACUUUGACUGUCUCUUUGUUCGCUAACUUUACCGUUUUUGCUGAAAACUGUUCAACUCCAGAAAAUUCUGUUCUAUUUUUUCAAAAACAUUUCUCCCUUAUUUACAGUAUCAUUGGGGAAAGACACAUCUUCUAUACGUUUUCUCGUUACAAACCCCAGGCAAUUAUAAGUGUUCAAUGCUCGAGACAUGGAUUCUUCGACAAAUUGCUCUUGAUGGGUGAUGCUGCUCAUGCAAUGCUCCCUUUUCAAGGACAAGGUGCCAACUGUGGAUUCGAAGAUUGUCUAGUGCUGCAAGAAAUUCUGGAGGAAACAGGAGAAGACGGCUUGAAGAGUUUAGUUCAACAGUAUUCUGAAGUGAGAACGAACGAUACGAAUAUGAUGAAUAAAAUGGAAUGGGAGGGAUAUGUUCAGUUGGUGGAAAACAUGCAGAAUCCAAACCGUUCAUUUGGGUGGUUUAAUAAGAUGAAGUCUUCAUUGAAGAAAAAAUUAAAUGUCUGGUUCCCGUCGAAAUUUACUCUGGCUGCAUUCUCCCGAGAGCGAUAUUCUGAGAUUACGAGGAAACAUCAGCUGGCACAGAAAUUUCAAUUGUCUAUCAAGGCAACUUUUGCUAUUAUCAUUAUUAUCAUUGUUUUUAUGAUAAUCCGAUUGAUUUCGGAUGAUUAA